UGACAACUGACAGGAACAAAUUGAGGUUAGAAAAUAUAUAAAAGAUUACAUUUAAGAUAAAAUUCGUAUGGCGAUAAUUGAUUAUUUCUAUAAAUACAUAAAUAUCCAAAGUAUUAAAUAAAGUGUUAAUAAACUCAGUUUAUUGACAAAAUAAAGAUGUCUUUUCCCGAUAGACAACAGAGGAAAAUGUGUUGGGAUGCAAGAGAUGUGUAUUGGGAGUGCUUAGAUAAGCAAAAUGUGAAAGACAGUUCAGAGAGACCGAAAGCGUGUUCUGAUCUUAGAAAAGUAUUUGAGAAAUCCUGCCCCUCCCAGUGGGUUGCUCACUUUGAUAGGAAACGGGACUUUAAUGUGUUUAAAGAAAAAAUGCAAAAAGAAGGUUACGAACCUAUCAAAGAUGACGCCAAAUAGAACUUUUGUGUUGUGAAUCCUUUGUAAAUAUAGUUUAGGUAGUAAAUAAUUUUUAUUUUGAAA